CCACCUUGUAUAAAUUCGCCUUGGCCAAUCAGCUGUUGCUUUUCAUUUUGCAAAAGAGAUUUGGCAAAAUUGUAACAAAAGAUUUGCAUUCACACCUACUCAAAUCAAGAAAAAAGCUGCAUUGAAAAAGAUAGACACCUUUAAAAAUGCGUCGCCGUGCCGGUCUAGGUGCCAUUCAACAACAGCAGUUAGCUGCUGAGAAGUAUAAGGAUAAAUUUACAGAUUUGCAGGAAUCGCAGUUUGAGCAAAUGUCCAAACAGAUGGACGUAUUUCGUGCAAAGUUAGAAGAAUUUGCGGUGAAACAUAAGCAGGAUAUCCGCAAAAACUCGCAGUUUCGUAAACAAUUUCAAGAAAUGUGUGCGGCGAUCGGAGUUGAUCCCCUUGCUACAGGCAAGGGCUUCUGGAGUGUCCUCGGAAUAGGUGAUUUCUAUUACGAAUUGGGGGUACAAGUUGUUGAAGUGUGCUUGGCGUCAAAUCAUAAAACAGGU